CAAGUACCGGGACAGCACAAAACACAAAGGUCGCUUCAUGCCACGCCAACCCCAACGGAGUGAAUGUGACCUGGGGAAGAUGCGGGGUAGGGAAGCUUUUCUUAUUGCCGAUCAGAGACUAGCUUGAUCCCAGCUGCAGGCAGUGAGUGAGGAACAUAUGAUGCUUUUGGCAGGAGAAUUGGGACGAAGCAGAUCAUCUCGGAGCUUCUAAUAACACACAAUCUUCCGAAGUAAGUCUAUAUAAGGUAGAGCAAGAACGUCUUUCCUCUAGUCUUCAGCUUCAUGUUGUGUUAUCUCUCAGUUCGAGGUCGUAGCAUUGCCGUCACUUUCAAGAUGUAUUCACUUCUUACCCUUCUUCUUGCCGUGUCUGUGGCGUCCAGUCCUCUGGAUAAGAGGGUGUCAGGAACAUCAGUCGUCAACCUAAACAUUAACACCGGACCUCCAGGACAUCUCGCUAGCGGUAUUCUCUACGGCAUACCAGACACCCCGAACCAGAUCCCCGAUCAUUUCUACACAGAUAUUGGGUUCAACUACGCACGUGCUGGAGGAGCUCAAGUGGCAGCCCCCGGCCGUGGCUGGAUCUGGGGCUUGUCCGAAUACAAAGCUCGAUUUGCUUCGGCGUUGUCUAAUUACAAGACCGCACGAAAGUACAACGCGCCCUUCAUUUUCCUCAUUCAUGACCUGUGGGGUGCAGAUGGAACUCAAAAUUCCUCUGCACCAUAUCCGGGCGACAAUGAGGACUGGACGUCUUGGGAUAGUUAUCUUACUCAAUGGAUCUCGGACAUCAAAGCCAAUGGUGCUACUGCUGGCUUGUCAGUUGACAUCUGGAACGAGCCGGACUUAACCGUCUUUUGGAAUCGAGGGCAAGCACAGUACAUUCAGAUGUGGGGUAGGACAUAUCAUCGUUUGAGAAAUGAAUUGCCCGGUGUACUCCUGAUCGGUCCAGCAUAUUCUGCUCAGCCAAAUCCCAGCAAUACAUGGUGGACAAAUUACCUCAGCUUCGUAAAGAGCAAUGCAAGCGUGCCAGAUCAGUAUGUUUGGCAUAUGGAAACUGGGGGUGGAGAUAUGCAAGGAGCGAACGGAGCGCUACAGACCAUGCUUAACACGUACGGGCUCCCAAAUAAGCCUCUGAACAUCGACGAGUAUGCCAUAUACUCCGAAGAGUGUCCUUCAGGCGCAGCGUGGUGGAUUUCUCAACUGGAAAGAGUCAACGCAAUUGGCCUUCGUGGAAAUUGGUUGAGUGGAUAUCAACUCCACGAUUUCAUGGCCUCUCUUGUCUCCAAGCCAGAUGCAACAUCCAAUUACAGUCCAACUUCUGGCGGGUACUUUCCGAAUGGCGAAUUCCAAGUCUACAAGUACUACAACAAGAACAUGACGGGGCACCGUGUUAGUUCUCUUCCAUCCGCAGACCUGAAGCUGGACACAUAUGCCACCGUGGGAACAGAUAUGGUCAGAGUACUUACUGGAGUGCGCAUUACCACUGGAACAUGGCAAGUCACAAUCAAUGGUCUGUCAUCUGUUGGCUUACCGACAUCCGGAUCUCUCAACAUCCAUACUUGGGGAUUCCCCUUCACAGGUGGCCAUUUUGGAGAGGUGGAAUCUCCGAAUGACCUUGGAUAUUAUUCUCACGAUUAUUCUGGAGAUAGCGUCACAUUCCCUAUUUACCAGACUGACAUCUCCACAGCGUAUGCUUUCGAGUUUGCAGUCAAAUAAGCUGGGUUUCAUAAAGUGUGCAUAUUCAGAUAUUCCCUAGGGUAUGUGUGGGGGCAAACAUAAAAGUGCUUCAUGAAUUUCAUUCUGUAGGGCCUGCAUAUCAUGUUCACAAUGAAUCAGUAUCUAUAGCUUUGAGAAUAAAAAAUACCUAACAAAGCUAAAAGUU